GACACCUCGACGUGGAGCGAGCACUUCUUCGUGCGCCUCGCGCUUCGUUUCGACGCCGCCGCGUCGGUGAGGGACGGCGCGGCGGCGACGGCGGCGUCUGGCGCAAGCUCGCCUGCUGACAGCAGCGAGGUUGGCAUCCGGACUGGGAACAAGAAGAGAAAGCGCGCGCUCCUGCUGAGCAAGGGCACCAUCAUCAUCACGAUCCUCAUCACCAAGAUACAGGCCGCUGCGCGCGGCCUCAACACUCGCACUUCUCUGAACAACUUCUUCAAGGCCUGCCCGCCUAGCGGGCGCACCGCCGACCUCUUCCUCAGCCGCGUCUAUGGCGGCCACGAGGGCGGGCGGCGGCGCGGCGGCGGCUACGUCGUCGAUUUCAUCUACUGUUUACGCUCCACAAGUCUUCCUCUCCCCUUCUCGGAAGCGUUGGCCCGUUUCCCUCUCGAAAUCUACAACCCUUACGGCACAGCGGCCGCUCUCGGACGGUACAGGUUGGUCAACGCUUGGUACUACCCUCGCGGCGACUGGUACACCUUCUACUGGGACGGCAGCACGGCCGACAAGGUCGCAAGGCGCGCUACCUACCCGACGCUCGAGCACGACGACCACGACCCCGGCCCCCUCGCAGAGCGCAUCAGGCGCGACAAGCGCGAGUUCUCCAUUUUCGGCGCAGAGCGCAUCAGGCGCGACAAGCGCGAGUUCUCCGGCCGCUCCUCCGACGACUCCUCCUCCGACCGCGACUCAUGCGGCACCGGCUCCACUAGCGAGGCGAAUGACAUAUUCGACACCCUCGAAGACCAUCUCGGCUACGGUUCCGACUCCGGCUCCGGCUGGUAG